UUUGCUUUAUAAGGCCAGGCUGAGCAAACCACCAGUAUGUGAGGAUAAUAAGAUAUAGAUAAGAGUUAUAGUAUCAAGACGCAUAUUUGAAAAUACAGAAGAAUCAAGUUUCAUAAUCUCAAGGGUAAGAAGAUCAAGACUUCAGGAGACAAUAAAGUAUGCAGAUGUAUCAUCACCAUCAUCAAGGAAAGGACAUACAGUCUUCAUCAAGAAUGUCAAUUACACCAGAUAGACAUUUGUUUCUGCAAGGUGGGGGCGAUUCAGGACUUGUUUUAUCAACUGAUGCUAAACCUCGACUCAAAUGGACACCAGAUCUCCAUGAACGCUUCAUAGAAGCAGUCAACCAGCUUGGAGGAGCAGAUAAGGCUACUCCAAAAUCAGUUUUGAAGCUAAUGGGGAUUCAAGGGCUUACUCUAUACCACUUAAAGAGUCAUCUCCAGAAGUACAGACUCAGUAAGAAUCUAUAUCGCCAAACUAAUAGUGGUGGCACAAAUAAAGUUGAUAUGGUUGCACCAACAGGAGAUGACAUUGGUGAAACGAAUGGAAGCCACAUGAGCAGUUCAAGUGUUUUCCCUCAAACAAACAAAAAUUUGCAGAUAAGUGAAGCAAUACAGAUGCAAAUUGAAGUUCAAAGAAGGCUACAUGAGCAACUUGAGGUACAGAGACACUUACAGCUUCGAAUAGAAGCACAAGGGAAAUACUUACAAUCAGUUCUUGAAAAAGCACAAGAGACCCUUGGAAGCCAAAACUUAGGUGCAGUUGGACUAGAGGCUGCAAAAGUUCAACUAUCAGAAUUGGUCUCAAAAGUAUCCACUCACUGCUUAAGUUCUACAUUUCCGGGACAACAAAAUGAACAAGAUAUGAUGGGGUUGACUCUUUUGAAGUCAAAGAAGGUUGAAAAUGAGCCAGAAAAUGUAUGGUGUGAAGACACGAAUAGAAACAAGAAGUUUGAUUUGUCGAUGAGUGUUGGAGGACUCAAGACCAAUGAAUGGAACACCAGUAGAAGCUACACUGAGGAAAGAUUUAUGGAUAGGGACGAGGAAGCCAUUUUAAUGAAUCAAAACAAUCAAAAGAAGACACACUCGGUGAAACUGGAGAAGGUUGAGAUGUCACAAAAGUUUCAGUUGCCUUAUUUUGGACAAAAACUUGACCUUAAUGCCCAUGAUGGGAAUGAUGCAGCUUCAAGUCACAAGCAGUUCGAUUUGAACGGACUUAGUUGGUAA